AUGGCGAACCGUGGUGUACGUUUUCGUGCACGAUAAAACAAAAAUAAUGAUUCCUAUUAGGAAUAUCUUAAAUAAGUGCUUGAAGAACUGCUGUGGUUACUCUAAAGUAUCAUGAUUAACGUGUGCAAGUUAUAAUUAGACUUAAGUUAGUGAAAAUGGACAAGAAAAAUGCGAUUCGGAGAGCCAAAAGGCCUUCUAAGGUUCUUGAAGAAAACUAUUGGGACUGCAGCGUUUGUACGUACAGGAACAAUGCAGAAGCCUUCAAGUGCUCGAUGUGCGACGUCAGGAAAGGCACAUCGACCCGAAAGCCGCGCAUCAACCCGGCGCUGGUGGCGGCGCAGGCGGCCGGCACCGCCCCCACCAGUUCUCAGAAGAGGCCGCGCUCCGCCAACUCGCUCAAAAAGAAGCGCAGACCCCCGCGCCUUAGUAAUGUCGACCGCAGCUCCGCUCAGACCAGAGAGGUAACAGUAAGCGGGGUCACGGUAGUUAUCACAGAAUACAAGCCCAAGAAAUCAGUCUCAAGUAGCUCGAGCGACGUGGAAUCCUCCAACGACGCGCGUCCGUGAUGCCAACGUCAUUUCCACAAGGUUUGGCUUAUGUCAGGCACUUAAACAGUGCUCGACGGAUUCUCAUACACCUGAAGGCUUUUUGUACUAUGUGUAGUACAGUGGGUUUCGUUCGAGAUACUAAAAUUAAGUUCUCGCGCAUGUACUAGUAGGUACCGUUUUGUUUCGUCAAGCUCGAAUCACAAACUUGAGACGGAAAAAUUGAGUAAGGAAUGUAAGGAUGAAUUUUUGUUUUCUUGUAUCCUAAGUAUCCUAUAUUUCAAUGACGGUUAGAUAUUUUCUGUUAGUAUACAUGUUCGAUUAUUAAUUAUUAUUCAUUCACUAACAUCACGUAUUGACAUAUAUCAUUAUAUCAUUAACUUCUCGAAACCGAAAAUAAUGUGGAGAUCAAUAGUACCCAGAAAUAUAUAUUUGCAAAUUGAAAAUUGGGUACUUACACCAGUACACAUCUUGUAAACCUCCAAGUCCCUAUGAGUCAUGAUUCAAGCUGAACGAAGAAUCCCAUACACAUAGACUAUGUGUAACUAUCCCCCGAAGUAUUUCCAGCUCGCUGUUCCGCGGAAUAUAUUGCAAGCGCAGACUCAUAGCAGCCUUUACGCCCGAGACUGUUGUAUCUUUACGAGUGUUAUUUAAAAAUACGAAAUGUAGUUCUCAUAGUCAAGUGGCCUUCAGAAAGAGAUACUUUUUUUUUUUUAAUAAAAUAAAAAAUACUACUUAUUAUGAACAGAGAUCGCACGGAUUUGCGACGUUGGGGCCGUCUUUUGAAUUUCGACCAUUCGAUUUCGUGAAUUUUUCAAUAAUAUCUCAACAGCAUUUUAAAUACUAAUAUAUUGCAAGCGCAGACUCACAGCAGCCUUUACGCCCGAGACUGUUGUAUCUUUACGAGUGUUAUUUAAAAAUACGAAAUGUAGUUCUCAUAGUCAAGUGGCCUUCAGAAAGAGAUACUAUUUUUUUUGAAAUAAAAUAAAAAAUACUACUUAUUAUGAACAGAGAUCGCACGGAUUUGCGACGUUGGGGCCAACUUUUGAAUUUCGACCAUUCGAUUUCGUGAAUUUUUCAAUAAUAUCUCAACAGCAUUUUAAAUACUACUAUCAGAAUCGAAAAUUAAAAUUACUAGCCCUUCUUUUUCAAAACUAGCAUUCGUCGUUCUCCAGACAGUUCCGAACGGCGAAUUCAUGUGUUCGCAAUUCAAAAAUCGGUCCCAUUCUUAGAGACUUGCGUUAUUUUGAAGACAUUUAGUAUCAGACGACGCAAAAAAAUACGAUCUCUGAUUAUGAAAUAUAAAUUGUAAAAAAAUCCAUUUAUUUAUUGACGAAUUUUCAUUUAUCAUAUUUAUUAUGUACUUCAUGAAGUUUAGUACAUUCGGUAUCGUGGGUUGAACAAAUUGAAAAUUUGCACAAAGUUUUGGAGGCUUUGACAUUUUGUUUACGUAGAUAAUGUGUCCGUCAGGAUCGCGUGAACGAUGUCUGAAUCGUCACAAAAUUUGCACCAAAUAACUGUACCUAAACUGUACUAAACUGUACCUAUAGCGAAAAAAACUGUACCUCAAGCAAUCACGCAUUAAAUAGAUAGCUACAUGGACACGCCAUUCUGACGUCAGGUUGGCGCGCAUAGCCGUGUAUCGCCCCAACGUGUGGGAACUAUGUUCUGGAUCAUAUAUCAAUAAACUGUACCUAAACUGUACUUCAUAAAACUGCCAAAAAUAAUAUUUAAAUCACACAUGAUAUCGGUCAAAUCAACGACAAAAAAUUUUACUGCUCAUUAUGUUAUUAUGUAUGUUUUGCCUAUCAAUUUCCAACAGGCGCUUGUUUUCUCGUAAUACAUGUAUUAAAUGCACAUAAAUUAUUCAUUACUUCUGCCUUAGUGCGUUUUCACAUUAUCCGAUCCGAUAUCGGAUGUCGGACCGUUAUCCCAUACAUUACAGGCGUCAUAUUGGAUUUUUUCUAUAGAAAUCCUUCCGACAUCCGAUAUCGGAUCGGAUAAUGUGAAAACGCACUAAGGCAGAAGUAAUGAAUAAUUUAUGUGCAUUUAUUACAUGUAUUACGAGAAAACAAGCGCCUGUUGCAAAUUGAUAGGCAAAACAUACAUAAUAACAUAAUGAGCAGUAAAUUUUUUUGUCGUUGAUUUGACCGAUAUCACGUGUGAUUUAAAUAUUAUUUUUGGCAGUUUUAUGAAGUACAGUUUAGGUACAGUUUAUUGAUAUAUGAUCCAGAACAUAGUUCCCACACGUUGGGGCGAUACACGGCUAUGCGCGCCAACCUGACGUCAGAAUGGCGUGUCCAUGUAGCUAUCUAUUUAAUGCGUGAUUGCUUGAGGUACAGUUUUUUCGCUAUAGGUACAGUUUAGGUACAGUUAUUUGGUGCAAAUUUUGUGACGAUUCAGACAUCGUUCACGCGAUCCUGACGGACACUAGAUAAUGAGUAAAUUAUCUAUAAAAAAUCUAAACAUAAAUAUUUUUCUAGUAAGUUAAAUUUUCAUAGUGUUUCACCUAAGUGGUGAAUCAGCAUUUUUCUACAUUUGUACAUAAUUAGUAGUACUAACUCAAAUAUGCUGAUAUAAUUAUUUUUCUUUAAAUAAAUGAACACUUUUUUUGCGAGAAAAAGCUCGGGAAGUACGAGUAUGAUCAUUGAAUACUUGGUACCAAAAUAAAAAAUAAUGGCGUUUUGGGUUAGCUAUACUAAUCGUAUGCAUUUUUGAAAAUGCUUAAUUGAAUUUAUAGAAUGUAAUUAGGAUUGCGAAGUGGAAAGUGUAAAUAUUGGGAAGACCAGCUGGUCACUGCCAAAAUGAUAAAAUGCAUGUAUAUAAUUGAUUUUAAUAGGCACUGGUGAGAAGUGGCACUUUGACACUGAACUAAGGAAGUCAAUGUCAACUUAUCUGUCAAACAUGAUAGUUACUUAAUUCAUUUUGAUACUACGUAAAUGCAAUGAGGGACAUAAUGUCUAAAACCAUUGACGUAGAAAGCGAUCAUAAUAAUGUGUGCAUAUUUCUUUUUAGAUUGACAAUUGAACAAAGGUAAAAUUUAUUGUUGCUUUAUUUUCGAAACCCUAAACAAGAUAGGAGUGAUCGUUCAAAAAUAUAAUAGAAAUAGUAGUUGCUUGUAUAGUGUAAGACGGUAUAAGUAAUCACUCAAUUUAAGUGACAGUUUUGGUCGAUCGUUUUGGGAAAUACAUGAAAAUUGAUGGUCAAUGUUAAUAUUGAAAGGUUUAUUAUUUCCUUUGGUAUUUUUCGUGGAAACUACGUAUUUAAUGCUGAUCUCUUAUUUAAUUAUUAUUGGAAGUUUUUGUCACACUUUUUAGUUUUGCGUAUCGUAACUCGAGUUUCGUCUCUCUAUCUCUCUCUAAAUUAUUUGUAAUCAAUUAAUCUCAUGGUAUUAAAAUGGCCGAAAUGUUAAAUAAGCUGCAGGGCGUCUUUUUCUAAUGGCAUAAGGAUGGGUAGUCUAUCUCGCGGCGACAUAAUUUCGCGCCAAUCACGUGCUAGCCCUGCCGAUCUUGUUUGACUCUAUAUUUUAUCCACCUACCAUACUCGCACAUUUAUUUUCAUGAGAGACGCGUAAUUAUUAUAUGUAUGUAUGUAUAGGCUUACUAAAAAAAAAUUGCUACAAAAGCAAUACCUAGAAAUGAAUUUGAUUAAAAUACGCACAAUUGAAUUAAACUGUUGAUACAUGUUAUCACAAAAUUAAAUAAUUGAUAUUAAAAUAAUGAGAAGGUAAUUUAUAUUUUUUAAACGUAUAAUGCAUCACUUGACAAUUUAUACAUUAUUUUAUUUAUGUAAUGAUUUGAACUGGCGUGUUUAUUAUUGGUCUACAAAAAUAAUAAAUAAAGCCUUUUCUUAGGCAGAAGAGCAGAGCUAAUAUUAUUUUUAAUUUUAUUUACACGCAGAGGAGAACGUAUGUUUUUAAAUAAUGAGUUUUGCGUUUACAGCCGGACAAAAAAGAAUUGAAAAUAAUAGGGACGCCACCGUCUAUGUAAAACCGAUUUGCAUAAGGCAUCUAUUGAGUCAAUUUGUAUGAGAACAGUAAGUGUUGCUAUGAUAAAAUAAAAAGUUAGUUCCAAUUCUACUCUUUUUUGCCAGGCUUAGAAUUUGAGAUAUAACCUUUUUUAAAGACCAAUAAACAAUUGAACAGCAAGGCAUUUUAGAUAUAUAUGUUUUGCUAUUGUUAUAAAUAAAAAAGCAGAACUGACUGUGUUUUAAGCAAAAUUGCUAAUUAAAAAAAUCCUAGGCAAAUAGAUUAUAUAAGACCACAAGUUUAUUAUAUAACAAUUAGAUGGAAAUCUGUACGUAAUAGAUCCUUUGUUCUUACUUUCUUUUGUGUUUAGAUAAAUUAUAAGAAUCCUUAGGGAGCUAGAGUUCUUCAUAGUAUUAUUUCCGUACUGGACUUUCUAUAGUUUCUCUUUAUUCCAUAUUUUGUAUAAUGUCUAAAUAAGUUACCAAAAAUCUGUCGGUCCUUUUCUGUGUUCCUUGCGUUUUUUUAAGUAUUUAUUUUAGCUGUAAGUCGAAUAAUUUUCAUUAGCGUUAGAGUAAUCGUUAUAUAUUUUAAGAACUUGAAGUAAUUAGUUAGGUGCCCAAUGAUCAUCAACAUGUUUUCAUGUAGAAUUAUUUUAAUUACAUGAAAUAUUUCUAACUUGUCUUCAAUAAUUUGCGGAACCAUUUUACUGCUUAACUCAAAUAAUUAUUUAUUAAUGGUCGAAGAUUUUUUAUUUCCUGAUAUUUCAUUAAGUAAUACUUUUGUAAUGUCUUUUGUUAUUCGUUCGCUUCCACAUCCUAAAUCAUAUUGGGAGAAUUUUUUCCAUUUCUAAUGUCAUCUCAUGCUGUAGUAGAAAAGAAAAAAAAUCUUGAUUUCUAUGGAAUACGGAUUAUUACUUUAUGGCCAAUAAUGAAUCAUAGUAAUUAUUCAUUAUUCAUUUUUUAUUAUUUUACUUAUUACAUUGUUUCACCAAUAACCACACUAACGGGCAUUUUCGCGAGAACAAUCACAUUUUUUUCUUUUUCUAAGGUAGGUAAAUUUUAUGUUUUUCCUACUCAGAAUUACGAGCCCUUUCGAUCUAGGAUAAAAACAAGAGACAACAAAAUGGUCUCAAAAUUUUCUAUUGUUUUGCAUACUUUCCACUUUGUAACCGCUGUACAAAAGUGUUUGAAAAAUAGUAACAAAGUGGAAAAAUUGAAUUUGGGACGCUUUUUUCCGCCUAGUAGAAUGGAAAGGGCUCGUGAUUCUGAGUAGGAUAAACAUAAAAUUUUGAAAAUCUUUCGCGAACAUGCCCUAACAUGUCUUUUUUGUAGGAAAUGACUGAAAUGUGUAUAUCCAGAUGAUAUUACACACAUAUUAAAAAGAGAAUUACAUACUUUUUGUGUGUCUGAAACAUAUACAGAUACUAUUCUUCAUUCAUCUUCCAUCGAAAUGCUUUUCAUGUCAAUUUAACUCAAUAGGUGUACAUUACAAAAUGUUGUUUGCCAAUUGGUAGUAAAGUAUUUGAAUUUUUUGUAUUUUCUAUGGUUUGUAUUCGCUACAGAUAACAUAUUUUUGUACGAAUAGCGUAGUGGCUCCGGUUUCGAUACAUCAGUUAACCUAAUUGUAUGUAGAUUAAUGUUAAUUAUUUCUAAGUAUGUAUCGAUGUGCGGUCCUGUAUAUAAAGAUGUGGAAUUUA